CUGGCCUUCAGGUUGUGCGACUCAGCCUGGAACUUCUGAAUGCAAGACUCCGACCUGAGGAUUCGCUUCAAGGACACCCCAGAAGCACCCAGGAAGCCACCGCCAGCCUAUUUUUUACGCUCCUUUUCCAGCAUGCUUCUUCCACCCCCCAGUAUCUAUCUGCUAGUUCCGUAGGGGUCUUAGAAGUCUUUUGCUUCCACAAAUGACAACCAUAUUCCCUGACUCUACGACAUCCCUGGCUGUUUAUUUCGUCUUAUGCCAGUUCCAUUUUAGAAAUGCCAAUGUUGUCACCGAACCCUGAGGAAACCGGCUGUAAAAUAUGCGGGUUUAGCGAGAAGCAGAGCGAGUGUGCGGUGCAAUCUUAGAGAUGAGAACAGCCAGCCCGGGGGCCUAGAAACAGCGUUAACCGCGCUGAGCCCGCUGCCCAAGGAGGAGGGGUUGGGCCUGUGAGAGGGCAGGGCCGCGUCUAUGGCCCAGCCCCGGCCCUUUGUGACAGUGUACAACGCCUGCCACGCGUCGGAACUCGGCGCGGGGCAUCCAAGGGGCGCGAGUGACACGCGGGAGGGAGAGCGCUGUUCUGCUGGAGCCGAUGCCAGAAACCAUGCAUUUCUUAUUCAGAUUCAUUGUUUUCUUUUAUCUAUGGGGCCUUUUUACUGCUCAGAGACAAAAGAAAGAGGAGAGCACCGAAGAAGUGAAAAUAGAAGUUUUGCAUCGUCCAGAAAACUGCUCUAAGACAAGCAAGAAGGGAGACCUACUAAAUGCCCAUUAUGACGGCUACCUGGCUAAAGACGGGUCGAAAUUCUACUGCAGCCGGACACAAAAUGAAGGCCACCCCAAAUGGUUUGUUCUUGGUGUUGGGCAAGUGAUAAAAGGCCUAGACAUUGCUAUGAUGGAUAUGUGCCCUGGAGAAAAGCGAAAAGUAGUUAUACCCCCUUCAUUUGCAUACGGAAAGGAAGGCCAUGCAGAAGGCAAGAUUCCACCUGAUGCUACAUUGAUUUUUGAGAUUGAACUUUAUGCUGUGACCAAAGGACCACGGAGCAUUGAGACAUUUAAACAGAUAGACACGGACAAUGACAGGCAACUCUCUAAAGCCGAGAUAAACCUCUACUUGCAAAGGGAAUUUGAAAAAGAUGAGAAGCCACGUGACAAGUCAUAUCAGGAUGCAGUUUUAGAAGAUAUUUUUAAGAAGAAUGACCAUGAUGGUGAUGGCUUCAUUUCUCCCAAGGAAUACAAUGUAUACCAACACGAUGAACUAUAGCAUAUUUGUAUUUCUACUUUUUUUAGCUAUUUACUGUACUUUAUGUAUAAAACAAUGUCACUUUUCUUCAAGUUGUAUUUUCUAUUUUCCCCUAUGAGAAGAUAUUUGAUCUCCCCAAUACAUUGAUUUUGCUAUAAUAAAUGUGAGGCUGUUUUGCAAACUUAA